AUGGAGCUUCACCGGCGGUGGGCGGCGUCAAGAGCUGCGAUGCAGUCCCGAGCUGCAAUGAAGCUUCACCAGCGGUCGCAAUGGAACUUCACCGGCGACGUCAAGAUCUACGAUGCAGCGCCCAAAGCUGGAAUGAAGCUUCACCGACGGCUGCAAUGGAGCUUCACCGGCCGUAGGCUCCUCGAGCGAGCUGGGAAAUCGAGCGAGCGACCUGGGCGAGCUGGUGGUUUAGGUCAUGGACUGGCUCAUGCAGUCUUUUUCUGCCUCAGCCUCCUAACCCCAGCAUUUGGUCGAGCAACAUUUUAUGUCGAAAGGUGCUCAAGGAUGCCAUUUUUCCUUGUGUCAGCAAUUAUUUCACUUGGAUUCUUGGUCAUCCAUACUUCCUCGAUGAUUAUUGCUUUUAAUGGAUAUGGAGAGAGAAAGAAGAGAGACCAAAUUUUUGUCCCAGUGGUUCACCUGAUUGCUGCUGUAAUGACGUUAAUCAACCUUGUGCCAGGGGGUUGCCUCAUCGGUACACCUUUACUGUGUGUGACAGCUGCGAUGACCUUGUACCACUCCUGGCGAGUGGUAGGGCAGAGAAUAACCGAGCAGCAACAUCGACAGUCUUAACAGCAUUGAAUGGAGUUUCCUUGUGGGCUAAUCCUUGUACUAGGACAGCUGUAUGUAGAUCUGGUGGUCUUGCCACUCGCUAGUGGACUUGUCAUCUUAUGAAGGCCCGACCGUGUAGAACGGUGGCCGCGAGAAUCUGAUGCCCUUAUGAUGGGAGGUAGUACAUGGCACUUGUAAUGAGAUGUUUUCAGUGCUAUCUGGAUAGCCACAAGAAUGCGUCUGAUCGAUGCUCUGUUAAAUAGUUAGUAAUCUCUUCAUCAUCACAAAAGAGUACUUGUUCAUAAUCUCCUUGCUUUGAA